UUAAGCUACAUUUCUAAAUCCAACUACAGACAGUCCCCUCCUCAAAAAAACCUUUGAAUAUCAAAUAUAUGUCCUAAGACUUCAAGAGUUGGAGAAAGUUGGUAAACCACACACCCCCUACCUCCCCACCUCAGGUCUUCAUUUGACUCCUCGCCCCGGUCUCCACUUAUAUAAACCCCAAAACCAUGACCAAGGCUUUCCAUCAAACACCAAACCUCUUCCCCAUCCCACAAGCAUUUCCAAGAAACUGACACUCAAUAACUUCAUCAAUGGCUCAUCAAGAAGUUUCAGUGGGCCUAGCUUUGAUUCUUGUCAGCAUGCUUUGGGCUGGCACCAUGGCUCAAUCGACUGAUUGCACCAAUGUCCUCAUCAGCAUGUCUCCGUGCCUCAACUACAUCUCCGGCAACUCCUCCACCCCGUCUUCCGCCUGCUGCACACAGCUUGGCACGGUGGUGAGGUCCCAACCGCAAUGCUUGUGUGAGGUGCUCAAUGCCGGAGGUUCAAACCUAGGCUUGAACAUCAACCAAACUCAGGCUCUAGCCUUGCCUACAGCUUGUAAUGUCCAAACUCCCCCUGUCAGCCGAUGCAAUGCUGCUUCUCCAUCUGGCUCUCCUGGUUCAACACCAAGUUCUCCUAAAACAGAUCCAGGGAGUGGAUCAAAAACUGUUCCAUCUUCAGGAAGUGGUUCCUCAGAUGCAAACUCCAAUAAGUUGGCUGUUUCUAUGCUAUUCAGCCUUCUUUUCAUAGCGUCCUAUGUUUCAACGCUCAACAUAGCCUGAUUCUUCAAAUUCAGACAUCCUUUUUUUCUUUACGAAUUAGACAUACUGAUAUUACUCAUGGCAUGGAUUCUUGUUUCUUUUCUUACUUUUUUCUUUUUUGGUGAGGAAGUGGGUGGGUGGAGGGUCUUUCUAUUUUGUGACCUGUUUCUUGGAGUCUUAUCAAAUUUUGUAUCAUGGUUGAGGAGAUUGUUCUCGGUCUUCUCUUUACAGUAAUAAAGAUUAUUCCUUGUGUACAUAAAA